CACUCUUCCUAUUUCUAUUUCGACUCAUGUCCGAAUUUCCACCAUAAUAUAUUCUCCCCCAAAACUUCCUCAUUUCCCUCUUAUUAUUAUUAUUCUUAGUAUUAUAUACUAUCAUUUUUGAGAAACUAAACUUGGCGGUAUGGAAAUAAUUUCAAGUCAUUCAUUACCAAGCUGUCGAUUUGUGACUUCAAGGCAGCAGAUUCAUGAGAAAAGUGUAGGAUCACAUCCAUCAAAUUUCUCAAGAAGAAGAAAAUUUGAAUCUGUUUGUGGUUUAGUUAGAUCAGACGUAUGGGCUUUGCAUAAUACUUUGUCAGCUAGCUUUCAUCUGAGCAGUUAUAAAAGUAGUCAUAAGUCUAUACCAGUACGUGCUGUUAAAGGCGUUGAAGGUGUAAUUGAUGCAGAAGACAGCCUUGAAAAUGUAACAAGAAGAAGAGAGUCGAUCCCCAAAGUUUUAAUACCAGGAUUACCUGAUGAUUCAAAAGGUGAUAUUAAUGCUCGAAUUAGUAGUGCUCAGCAGGAAUGGAAGCCCAAAUUCAAUAUCCAUUUUGAAAGAUCAGGCCCAAGAAAGGUUGGCACACCCCAAGUGCUUUUUCUUCCUGGAUUUGGUGUUGGAUCCUUUCAUUAUGAAAAGCAGUUAAAGGAUCUUGGUCGGGAUUAUGGAGUAUGGGCAAUGGAUUUUCUUGGUCAGGGUAUGUCAUUGCCAAGUGAGGAUCCUACCUAUCGGCAAUGGAAUGAUGAUGAAUUACAAGUUGAUGAUCAUUUGUGGGGUUUCGGAGAUAAAACUGAACCGUGGGCAGCGGACCUCGUUUAUUCUAUCGACUUGUGGCAGGAACAAGUGCAGUAUUUUAUUGAAGAGGUCAUCAAGGAACCAGUUUACAUUGUGGGAAAUUCACUUGGGGGAUAUGUUGCACUUUACUUUGCUGCAUGUAACCCUCAUUUAGUGAAAGGCGUGACGCUACUGAAUGCAACGCCGUUUUGGGGAUUCUUCCCAAACCCUGUAAGAAACCCGCAAUUGUCACAAAUGUUUCCUUCAGUUGGGACAUUUCCUCUUCCUCCGCGUGUCAGAAAAAUCAUGGAAAUUGUUUGGGAGAAGAUAAAGGAUCCCAGAACCAUUAACGAGAUACUGAAACAAGUUUAUGCAGAUCAUUCUACAAAUGUAGAUAAAGUCUUUUCUCGUAUACUUGAAGUAACAGAACACCCAGCAGCUCUUGCAUCUUUUGCGUCAAUAAUGUUGGCUCCUCAAGGGAACCUAUCUUUUGGAGAGGCUUUAUCUAGAUGUAAAACAAGUGAAGUACCCAUAUGCCUCAUGUAUGGAAAAGAAGAUCCUUGGGUGAGACCUGUUUGGGGUCUACAGGUGAAGAGCCAGUUGCCUGAAGCUCCUUAUUAUCAGAUAAGCCCUGCGGGUCAUUGCCCUCAUGAUGAAGUUCCGGAGGUAGUAAAUUAUCUACUACGGGGGUGGAUAAAAAACUUGGAGUCACAAGGUUUUGUAGCAUUGCCAUUGCUGGAUGAUGAAAGUGGCCGGUUUGAUGUUGCAAAGGAUUUGGAAUACAUGAGAGACGGAACAAAAAAAUCGGUAAGGGUACAGUUUUAUGGAUCAGAAUCGUCAAUCUGGAGCAGGUUUACUUCUUUUUUCAACACUCAUUUACAAGAUCUCACCAUUAAGUUCAGAUGAUGGAGCUUUGUUGAGAACAUAUGCAUAUUGUGUAAAAAUGUAAAAUACUCGAGUGUAGUAGCAUAAAUAUUUCAGAUGUAAAUAAAAGAAAUCAAUUAUUUGUA